CUCACAGGGCUUACUCCUCUGCCGUUUUCAGAGUACGUGGAAAAGCCACUGAAGCUGGUGCUGAAAGUGGGAGGAAGUGAAGUUGCUGAGCUGUCUACUGGGAACGCAGGACUUGAUCCGAGCCUCUACGAAGACAAGUCUGAACAUGAGAAACACAAGGACAGAAAAAGGAAAAAGAGAAAGAAAGGAGAAAAACAAGUUCCUGGAGAGGAAAAGGAGAAAAGGAAGAGAAAGGUUAAGGAGGAUAAAAAGAAACGCGAUCGAGAUGCGGACAGUGAGGGAGAACAGGAGGUGAAAUGUCAGACCCCCAUCAGAUUGGAAUUGCCACCAGAGAAACCACUGACAAGUACUUUAUCAAAGCAGGAAGAGGUGGAGCAGACACCGCUUCAGGAAGCUCUGAAUCAGCUCAUGAGACAGCUGCAGAGAAAAGAUCCAAGUUCUUUCUUUUCAUUUCCUGUGACUGACUUCAUUGCCCCUGGCUAUUCCAUGAUCAUUAAAAACCCAAUGGAUUUUAGUACCAUGAAGGAGAAGAUAAAGAACAAUGGGUACCAGUCCAUAGAAGAAUUAAAGGAUAACUUCAAACUGAUGUGUACUAACGCAAUGAUUUACAACAAACCAGACACCAUUUACUACAAAGCUGCAAAAAAACUGCUGCACUCGGGGAUGAAGAUACUUAGUCAGGAGAGAAUUCAGAGCCUGAAACAAAGCAUAGAGUUCAUGGCUGACCUGCAGAAGACAAGGAAGCAGAAGGACAAGAUGGAACUGCAGCAAACUGGGGAAUGUGAAAACAGUCCUGGGAAAGACAAAGGAGAACCUGUGGCUGGCGACACCAAAACGUUCAAAACACCUAGCAAGGAACACAAAAGGAAGGACAAAGAUGUACUUGAAGACAAAGUCCGAAGCAAUACCUUGGAAAGGGAGCAGGAGCAGAUCGAUCGUAUCGUUAGAGAGUCGGGAGGGAAGUUAACAAGACGACUUGCAAACAGCCAGUGUGAAUUCGAAAGAAGAAAACCAGACGGUACGACAACUCUGGGCCUCCUUAACCCAGUUGACCUUACUGCAGGAGAACCAGGUUACUGCCCUGUAAAGCUGGGAAUGACGGCAGGGAGACUUCAGUCGGGAGUCAAUACGUUACAGGGCUUCAAAGAGGAUAAAAGAAACAAGGUUACUCCAGUGACGUACCUGAAUUACGGGCCCUACAGUUCCUACGCUCCGACGUACGAUUCUACGUUUGCCAACAUAAGCAAAGAAGAUUCUGACCUGAUCUAUUCCACAUACGGGGAGGACUCCAACCAAGGAUCUUUCAGUAUUCAUGAUUUUCUGCUGAAAUCACAAGAUUAUCCUUUCUUAAUGGCGGAUGGUUUGCUUGAUGUCCUGACUAAAGGAGGACAUUCCAGAGCUCUCCGAGAACUAGAAACG